GUGUGGGGCCGGGGCGCAGAGCAUCGCUCGGGGUCGGCGGUGCCGCCGGCUCUGUCCCUGCUCCCGCGUCUCUCUCAUCGCCCGCCGCCCCUUCCCGCCCCUUCCCUUCCCUCCCCUCCUCUCCCGCGGCCAUGUCGUCGCCGUCGUCCGGGGAGCGGUACGAGGAGGAAGAGGAGGAGGAGGAGGACGGCGCCUACGAGAGCCAGGCCAAGCGGCUGAAGCCCAGCGCCGCCGCCGAGGAGGGCGAGAUCGAGUACAGCGGCGCGGAGGAGAGCGAGGGCCGGCGGGAUAAGCCCCCCGCGCCGCGCGGCGGCGGCGGCUUCUCGGGCGGGGAUGCCGGGGGAAGUCAUCACAAAGUCUCUGUUUCUCCUGUCGUCCAUGUCCGAGGGCUGUGUGAAUCAGUUGUGGAAGCGGAUCUCGUGGAAGCUCUUGAAAAGUUUGGAACCAUAUGCUAUGUCAUGAUGAUGCCAUUUAAACGCCAGGCUCUGGUGGAGUUUGAAAACGUAGAAAGUGCAAAGAAAUGUGUAACAUUUGCAGCAGAUGAACCUGUGUAUAUUGCUGGGCAGCAGGCCUUCUUCAACUACUCCACAAGUAAGAGGAUUACUCGUCCAGGGAACACUGAUGACCCAUCUGGUGGAAAUAAAGUUCUCCUGUUGUCAAUUCAGAAUCCUCUCUACCCAAUUACAGUGGAUGUUUUGUAUACAGUGUGCAACCCUGUUGGAAAGGUUCAGCGCAUUGUUAUAUUCAAGAGAAAUGGAAUACAAGCCAUGGUUGAGUUUGAAUCAGUGUUUUGUGCCCAGAAGGCGAAGGCUGCACUCAAUGGAGCAGAUAUCUAUGCAGGAUGCUGCACACUAAAAAUUGAAUAUGCAAGGCCAACUCGACUUAAUGUCAUUAGAAACGACAACGAUAGUUGGGACUACACUAAGCCAUAUCUGGGCCGACGAGACAGAGGGAAGGGCCGGCAGAGGCAAGCUAUUUUGGGAGAGCACCCAUCAUCCUUUAGACAUGAUGGUUAUGGAUCACAUGGUCCUUUGUUGCCCUUGCCAAGCCGGUACCGAAUGGGAUCUCGGGACACUCCAGAACUUGUUGCUUAUCCAUUGCCCCAGGCAUCCUCUUCUUACAUGCAUGGUGGAAAUCCUUCUGGGUCGGUUGUCAUGGUCAGUGGGUUGCAUCAGCUCAAGAUGAACUGUUCAAGGGUAUUCAACCUGUUCUGCUUGUAUGGAAACAUUGAGAAGGUGAAAUUUAUGAAGACUAUUCCAGGCACAGCACUGGUGGAAAUGGGUGAUGAGUAUGCUGUAGAAAGAGCAGUCACACAUCUCAAUAACGUCAAGUUGUUUGGAAAGAGACUUAAUGUCUGUGUUUCCAAGCAGCAUUCAGUAGUUCCAAGCCAGAUAUUUGAACUAGAGGAUGGCACGAGUAGUUACAAGGAUUUUGCAAUGAGUAAGAACAAUCGCUUCACCAGUGCUGGCCAGGCAUCUAAGAACAUCAUCCAACCACCCUCCUGUGUGCUGCAUUAUUAUAAUGUUCCCCUGUGUGUAACUGAAGAAACAUUUGUAAAGUUAUGUGAGGAUCAUGAAGUUCUCAGCUUUAUUAAAUACAAAGUGUUUGAUCCAAAACCUUCUGCCAAAACAUUGUCUGGUCUGUUGGAAUGGGAAUGUAAGACAGAUGCAGUGGAAGCUCUCACUGUGCUUAAUCACUACCAGAUAAGAGUCCCAAAUGGCUCCAACCCGUAUACCUUGAAGCUUUGCUUCUCUACUUCAUCCCAUUUAUAGAGAAGAGGACAGCAUGUUAAGAGCUACGUUCACCUCGAUUUGCAAGUUUAAAACUACACUUCGUUCACAAAGCUCUAAAGUGGUUGUUCUAAUGUUGCCUUGUUUCAACUUAAUUCUAAUAUCUUUUAUCUUGUUUUAUAAUAAAUGGAUGUUCCUUCAUAAAUACAAACCAGAUUUUUUUCUUUUUGCCUCUGAGAAGUACAUGUUGUAAGCUUACUACAAAGUUUGUAUUUUGUUAGUGUAGUAUUUUCAAAUGUCUAAAGAAGCACCAGUAGUAUAACCAAGAUUGUUUCUUUUCAAAAUCGAAAUAUAUUUGCAUUUUCAAAAUGUUAAAGAUUAGCAAGUAUUUUUCCAUUUUUAAUCUUAAUUGGCAGAUAGAACUAUUACAUCAGAAUUUUAAAUGUAGGACUUGUUUUUCAGUAUGUUAAGUAGUGAAGUAUGUUGCAAUACUAAAAAGCUUGUAUUUAUAAAAUGCUUUGAUCGGGUUAAUGUUGCACAUACUGAACUUUUAGUAGUAUAGACUUGAUUUAUAUUUCAAACAAAGCUGACAUAGAAAAUUUUAAAGUAUGUACACAUGUAUGGUAUGAUUCAUACUUAUUUAAAGUGGUUUUGUUUGGGGUUUUUUUAAACUAUUUUCCAUUUGCAUUAGCAUGAUGCCAUCUAUAGCUAGUUCCACCGUAGGGGCCUUUUAAAAAUUAAAGUUACAAGCCUGUAUCAAUGUGUUCAUCCUCAUUUUCCAUAAUUUAAACUUGAAUCUUUGGUGUUUAACAUAUCCUUUUGACUCUUUUUUUAAAGCAGUGUUUAUGACAUACUGAAUGGUAAAAGUUGGGUACAUGACAAGAAACCAAGGUGGUAGAAAUAGUUAAAACAAAAAGCAAGCCCCACCAUACUCUCUCAUACCUGGACAGUUAAUUCAAGGUUUUCUUUUGUCUGAUUUAUAUUAAACAUCUGUUAUGACCAUGAAAGAAUUCGUAGGGUGGAUAGACUUGGCUAGGCUGUAUCUUAAACUGAGGUAGUCUCAGUGGGAUUCAGACAAUGAUAACAUGAUGUAAAAUUAACGAGCCGAGAAAUCUUUCACUUUGGGGAAGAUUAUUUGUUUUGUCCCAGUACUUUGAAAGAUCUCUUCUGGAACUGGAGUUGUAUCUCAUUUGGGUUAAACCCCCAGAAAUGGGAAUCCAAGCAGGGAAGCCUGGAAGCUGUUGUCCUAGGCUCUGUGUUUGUUCCCCUUUCUGAAUUUGUAGCAAAGUGUUUAGGGCUAUUUCAGUUCUGCUCUUAGUUGUCAGAGGGAAGUUACUUUAUCAGCUAUUUUAUACUUUAUCAUACAAGUUCUUUACACAUUUUAUCUAUAUCCAUCUUUUAGGCAAGAUGGUUUGUGCAGUGUGCUUGUCCUUGACAGGUUAUGUUGCAGCAUGUUUAUAGGCUGUGGCCACUGCACGUCUUUCAAUACAGACUGCAUUUUCCCCAUUCUUAAUUUCAAGGCAAAUACUCCUUAUCACACAAGGGAAAAUGUGUCAGAUGUCCUUCAGGUUUUCUCAUCAACAGUGAUUCAUUUUUGUCCUGUCUACCUCCAUUUUGUUCAUGCUUUAGGUAAUGAGUAUUUCAGGUAUUCACAUCAGGCUUCUAAUAGGUCCAACCUGGGAACUGAAGCACAGCUGCUCUUUGGCAGCUCUUUCAGCACAGAGUUUGGAGUAAUAUUAGCCUCCUGUCUGGGAGGUGGUAAACUGAGUUGCAUUUUAGGGGCACUGCUAAUACUCUUUCAGCUGCAGUGCUCUUCCCCCAGAAAUUGCUUCCAGACGCUUCCACUUGUGUGCCAUAUGUUGCUACUUGCCCCAGAAAUGCUGGGUACUAUUGAAAUGCUCUGUGCUGCUUAGUGUUUUAACUGUAAAAGGUCUCUCCCAGUCUUUCAUUGCUCUUCCAUAACUUGAAUGUUCUGUGGAAACCUGUUUCUUCUGUCCUAACUUGCAUUGCUAUUUGUAUUAAUGUAGUUUCAGAAGUCAAGUUGUUUGUAGUUGAGCAUUAAAAAUAGCAUGUUUUCUGUUGGUCCAGUUUGCAAUGUGGGAUGAGUGACCCUUAAAGUAUUCAGGUUUUACAAAAAAAAAAAAGAAAAAAGAAAAGAAAAAAGAAAAAAAAAAAGAAAUGCACUUUAAUGUUUUGGUGUCCUCAGUGGAUCACAGCAUUCAGUGCCUAAGAUGUUCAGGUGAAAGGCAUCUUUCCUGUGGCUUCCCAGAUGAAUGAAGCAUAGUUCUGGGUAUGUCUUAGAGGACUUGAUAACAACUGCAAGUCCCAUAUGCAAAAUGAGUAGCCUGUGCCGUGUGGGGCAGAAAAGAGAGGAGACUGAAAAGUUGUGCAAGCUACUUUCUCCAUAAAAGAAUCAUCUUACUCAUGUAUUCAUGAGAACAGGAAAGAUUCCUUGUUGGUGUUUUGCUGUUAAAGGAAAUAAUGUCUUCUCCUGGGCCUGCAAGGAUGGAUGCUUGUCCUCAGGGGGGAAUGAGAUUGGUCUCCUUCCACACACGACAUCUGUGUUCACUUUUAAUCUUGCUCUUUGGAGUAAAGACAAAACAGUGGGGCAGGUGGAGAGUUAGUUGCUCCAGGGGAAGUGAAGUUUGUCUCAUUUGGCAGCAGCAUUACUGUAAUUGUUAGAUUAAAAUUAAACUUUUAAGGUCUCUUAAUGCAGUUUUUUCCUGUCUCUUUUGCAUAAGCCAUACAAGCAAAACAGUGAACAUUGCUAUGCACAUUCCCUGCUUGUAAGCAGCUGGCAUUCACUCUGUAAUAUCUUCGUGUCUGUCCCACUGUUUGUUUCUUGGGUUUCCUUUGUUUGUGAAGUUUUGUUUGUUUUUCUAAUGAGUCACCUUUCAUUGGAGGUUUAUGAUAUAUUGAGGUGGAGAUCUGUUCCUCUUCUCUCAUGAUACUCUAAUCCUUGUUUCUAUUUAUUUUUCCGUAUAUGCAAGAAGUGGGAAGAGUUGUUUUUUGACUUUCUAUACCACCACAGUAAGAUAGAGUGUAUUGCCAGGUGAUAUAAGAGAAGAUUUAAAAGAAACAAUGGAGAAGGUGUUUGGGUGUCCUGCUUUAUGAAAGGAAUGAUACAACUUAAUGUGGUGUCUGUCUUUUAGUAAGGGAUAAUCCUUGGGGUAAGCUGGCUUGUUACUGGCUGAGCCCCUUUUGUUGUAAUUAAAUGCAACUUGCUCCUUUU